AUCCUGACGCGGGUCCUGGUCCCCGCCUGGAUCAUCCUCUACUACGUGAAGUACCACGUCAUGAAAACGCCACAUGGUGUCGUUAUGUCAAAUCCACGGAUAUUCCCAGGGGACAGAAUUUUAGAGACAGGAGAAAUUAUUCCACCUCUGAAAGAAGAACCCGAUGAGCACCACUGA